UGGGUGGACGGAAAGUCCCCGUGUGGAAAUCCCCUUCACUCGGGCUUUUUCCUUUUUUUUAAACAACUAUCAUUAGCGGACGUGUGUACUCUUUUGAAAGGCUUCGCAAGCUGCAAGGGCUCCAAAAUAGACCUGAUACUGAAGGAAAGAAAAGGUUGAAUGGCGCCGAGGACCGCUGCGGUGAGGCUGAGUGAAGUGGCUCAGAGAGGACUAGCCUGAGCAUCCGGGAGGGCUUUGUUAUUACCCCCGACAUAUUACACAGUUCCCACGUUGUUCGGUCAGCGGUGGUUGGUGCCUCCUCCUCCUCCUCCUCCUUUCCUCCUCCUCCUCGUUCCUCUUCCUCCCCUCCUUCCAUCCACCUGGCCACUCAUCCGCCAUGUCGCAGGGUCAGAACUUCCUCCCCAAAUUCCUGUUUGUCUCCAACCUGCUGAAGGCGGUCAAGAUCCGUCAGCGAGUGCCCAACGACGUGGUGAAGCCGGCUGCCAGCGGCGGCCUCAUGCACCACCUGCGAGGGAUGCACCGCUACACGCUGGAGAUGAUUGCCAUGAACCACUUCCCGCAGGCCUUCAGGGAGGUGGUGCAGGCCGCCAUCCUGGACCGAGCCAUGCAGGCGUCGUUGGAGCAGGAGAAGAAGCUCAACUGGUGUCGGGAGGUGAAGAAGAUGGUGCCAUUACGUACAAAUGGAGAUGGGAACUGUUUGCUCCAUGCGGCCUCUCAGUACAUGCUGGGCGUUCAGGACACGGACCUGGUGUUGCGGAAAGCCCUCCAUGGUGUUUUGAAAGAGACGGACACGGGAGUUUUUAGGGCCCGUUUUCAGGCGGAGCUGGUCCAGUCGCAGGAGUUCACCCAGACCGGACUCCGAUACACCACUAUGAACUGGGAGGAAGAGUGGGACAAGAUUGUGAAGAUGGCAUCUCCGGUCUCUAGUAGCAACGGCCUCCAGUUUGACUCUCUGGAGGACAUACACAUCUUUGUCCUCUCCAACAUUCUCCGCAGACCCAUCAUUGUCAUCGCAGACCAGGUGGUGAGGAGUAUGAAAUCUGGCUCCUCCAUCUCUCCUCUGAAUGUGGGCGGGAUUUAUCUGCCACUCCACUGGCCGCCCACCGAGUGCUACAAAUACCCGAUAGUGCUCGGCUAUGACUCCCAGCACUUUGCACCCCUCAUCACCAUCAAAGACAGUGGUCCAGAGAUCCGAGCAGUACCACUGAUCAACCCGGGACGGGGAGGCUUUGAGGAGCUGAAGGUUCAUUUCCUGAUGGAGAAGGAACAGCAGCAGAAAGAGAGACUCCUCAAAGACUACCUGCUACUGAUCGAGAUCCCCGUCAUAGGCUUGGGCUACGACGCCACACGGAUCAUCAAUGCUGCAAGGCUGGAUGAGGGGAACCUCCCUGAAGACAUGAACCUGAUGGAGGACUACCUACAACUUGUAAACCACGAGUACCAGCGCUGGCAGGAGGACAAAGAGCAGGCAUGGGCUGCCCAGCCACAGCGCCCACCGCCCUUCUCCGUCUCCCAGCUUUCUCUCAUCGAGAUCCGCUGUGCCACACCACGAUGCACCUUUUAUGUCUCUGUGGACACACAGCCUCAUUGCCAUGAAUGCUUUGAGAAGCGACAAGCCACUACCGGCGGAGGAACAAGGAUAGAAGGGGUGGUGCAGACCAAGGGAGGAGGGGUACAAGGUGGGGUUGGAGUGAUCGGGGGAUCAGAGACUGAGGUUAGCUCCAGAGGAGCCCGAAGCAGCAGCCCCCCAUCCUCUUCUUCUGGGAGAGGGGUGGUGAUAUCCAGCCCCCGCUCAGCCCCACCCACUGCUCCCAGCCUCAGCCUGUACAGUGAAACUCAUGCCAUGAAGUGCAAGACACCCGGCUGCCUCUUCACCCUUAGCGUAGAGCAUGACGGACUUUGCGAGCGAUGCUUCAACUCCAGGCAGAACCAUGGGCCUCCUGGAGCUGGAACAGCUGCUCCAGGACUCCCAGGCCCCAACGGGGGGCCUGCAGUCCCCCACCCGGCCCAGGGCUCCGGCUGGACCCAGUGGGGGGGCUGCGAGACAGAGACAGAGCGCUGCAGCAUGUGCAGACAGGAGGCGUUCAGGAUAUUCAAUGGCCUGUGUCCACCCUGCAUGCAGAGACAGCAGGCUCCAGAGAGGGGGGAGCCGCAGCAGAACAACCCCAGGACUGAGGCCUCGUCUUCAGCCUGGACCCAGGCCAGGGACGCUGAGCGGCCAUGCCUCACACUAACACCAGGGCACACCUCAGCCUGGCAAACCCCUCUGGCUCGGCCUUGUAAAAGAUCUGGGUGCCAGUUCUUUGGGACACCGGAGAAGCUGGGUUUCUGCACUAUUUGCUACGUAGACUAUCAGACCAACCACCAUCUGACCCCUCCCCCCGCCCCGGUCCAGAGCCGGCAUGGUGUGGAGGCAGGCUUCCAGAACGCCUCGCGGUGUCGUGGGCCUGGAUGUGGUGCAGUUGGCAAGGCGAUGCUGGAGGGCUACUGCGACAAAUGCUACGUCAAAGAGCAAAGCACAAGGCUCAACCAAGUGGCACAUCGCACACCACACUCCCCUCCUCUGGUCAUGCGUGACCGAGCAGUCAAACCCAGAUCUUCACAGCAAUCCCAGACCCAGACCCAGACUCAGACUCAGUGCCGGCGGAGUGGCUGCAGCAAUGUGUCCCCGGGUUGCACAGACCUCUGCCCAGAGUGCCACACGCGUGGCCAGGGCAGAGAAGCGGGCAGGCGGGCGCAGGCGCCCAAGGAAAAGUCCAAGCAGCGGUGCAGGACGCAGGGCUGCGACCACUACGCCAACCAAGAGAAACAGGGCUACUGCAACGAGUGUGACCACUUCAAACAGAUUUACCGCGGCUGACCACAUAACGCACCCGCGCACGAUGACAACACAUCGCUAGCACGCUAGAGCCGCUGCCCUGCUGUGGGCGCCCCAUGCCAGUCAAUGCACCUCUGAUACUAACUAACCAACUAACUAACUAGCUAGUGACUAACUAGUAACCUUAUGGCCUGAAAAUCAAACCCCCCAUGUAGAAUGUGAAGAGAGAGUGUGUGUACGUGGGGGGGGUUGAGUGUGUGUGUGUUCGCAGUAGACAUGGCCUCCAGAAUACCUCUUUGUGCAAUUAUUAUCAUCUGAUGUGCCCCGAGCACGAAACACGGUGAGAGGUUUGGCUACAUGUCAGAGCAACUGACUUAACUCUUGUGUACAAUAUGUAUUUAGAGGUACGUGGUGAAUCGUGCCGGACAAAAUGAUUGUAUGUUGACAUAACGAGAAGCAUCUGACAUUGCUUUCUAGACCACAGCCAAGGAUUUAUACCCCCCAGUCUGUCUGUCUGUCUUAACCCAUCUGUGUAUCUAUCUGCCUGUCUGUCUAGCAUUUGCUCUGAUGAAUGAGGGAUGCAGUAAUAGGGGAAGCCGAGUGACAAAUCAAUGGAAGUUCACUGUUAAAUCUGAUCUGAUUUUAAUUUUAAAAAAUCAAGGAAAUUGCUAGUAUUAAAAGAUUUAAGUUAAUGUAACUAUUAUACUGUUUUAAUUUGUUUACCUUAUAAUUGUUAAGUUUACUUAAAAUGUGGUUAUAUUUACCUGAUUUUGUGAAGUUGUUGCAACAUAAAAAUGAUAAGUUUAAUCAAUUCAAUGUUUCCAAGUUUUAGUAUCUUCAGUAAACCAAGUUUAUUGUGCUAUGUAUCUGUAAUUUGCUGGUUGCAAACGAGUCAGUCAUGUUUAUAUUAUUUUCUUAAACAUGUCAAGAAAACAGAUGAUGACCCCAAAACGUCAUCAUUGGCUUUAUCCUUUUUUAAUGAUCAAUCUAAAUCAGAAUCACUUGGUCUGCUGAAGUUGCCAACACUUAAACAGAACAAUGUAAUUUCAUCUGUCAAUUGCAACAUCUUUUACAAAAAAGUAAGUAAUUAAGUAAAUAUUAUAUAUAAAUUUGGAGUAAACUUCAGAUAGAUAUAAAGUACAUAAAUAAGACUAAUAGCUAUAUUUACUUUCCUUUUUCAAGGCGGUCAGUUUCCCAGACUAUUUUAAGUAAGAUCAACUUCUCAGUAUAAUCAACUUCUCUUUUGCAGUAUAGUAAAGCAGAAGUGAGCCAAACUGGGCCAAAGAUAAAACAAGAAUUAAAUGGUAUACACCAUUGUUUAUCUUAGUUCUCCAAAAACACUCUUACGUGUCCUUCUAAAAGACACUAAAAGAGACAAAGAUUUGCAGCUUGCAAUCACUAUUGUAAAAUGAUUGACAAUUAAUUUCUUCCAUUAGUCAGUGAGCAGUUUAUAUUUUGAGGCAAAUUAUCUGACAUAGAAAAUUGUGAAUUUCUUGAUAUAGAUAGUAAGAGCAGACCAUGUGUCUAAGACAGACAGGGCAGGCCCCUGCUAGUUUUGGUGCUACAUGUACAGAAACACAAGCCUCUCCAUUGUAGCCAACAUGCUGGUGGUGUCAGCGGACAGACGGCAGAGAACACAGCAGAGACAGGACUCAUUCUCUUUCUAUUCCUCCUGUCCUUCCUCUUAUUUCCCCCCUCUUCUCCAAAACAGAUCUGUUGCCUUGGACGUUGUUUUCCUGUUUACUGACCACUUAAGCACCUAGAAAUGCAUAGACACACCAACACAUGCGCACACAGACAGACGUAGUAGCUCCAGUCCUGUCAGAAGGGGAUUGCCGACUAUAAAGAGAACUGAGAACAUAAUGACGGGAUGAUUAUCCACCUUACCGCCACAUAACACACAUUUGCACACACAUGCAAACACAGCUCUGUGAGAUUGUAUGCGCCCCACCCCAGCCUGAGGUGGUAUGUAGGUAAACAAACCUAUAGAGAAAUGCAUUCCUCUCUGCUCCACCCCACUGGAUGUGCCAAGGCGACAAUUUCAAAAAAAAAAAUUCAGAGAGCAAUCCCAUUGCCUGCUUUGGCUAAUCUUGUUUAUCUGAAUGUGUUUUGUGCUGCUGCUACAACAGCACACUAUUGGGGCUGAUCCUCGAUAGGUUUUGCCUUUAAGUAGUGAUUGAAAUUUUAUGGACCAGAGGAGCCUGAUCAGUGAUCCUGGAUCAGCGCUCCCACCUAUAAAAUGCUUUUGUGAAUAUGGAUCUUGGUCCAUAUUGUAGGACCUUCCAACCCGAUGCCUCAUCUCCAACACACACACACACACACACACACACACACACAAACACAUAAAACGCACACACAUGUGCGUCUGGAAUACGCAAAACUGACAUUCCUGUUUUGUUUUAAUUUGUUUUGGGAUUUUUUAAUGUAUUUUGAUAUAUUUGGUUUUGUUCUGCCAAAAAAAAAAAAAUUACAUGUGCCAUCAAUCGCCAAACAGUUGUUGUUACCUCCUUAAAAAUGGCCAGCCUGUAACACUCUAAACUAACUAAAGUGCCACAGAUAGACAUCUCCAAUUUUAUGUAACCACAGAUUUAUCGUGCUCUUUCAUGUUGAAAAUCCCCAAAUGGAUCGUCUCAUGAGUCUUUUAUCCAAAUACUAAGAAAUGUUUAUCUGCAGGCAUAAACUCAAGCUUAGAAAAAUUAUCAAACUAACUGAUCAGCUGUAAGAGUUAUUCCCCUCGUACUUCUGCUGAAGAACUCCACUGCUGUAGGCAGAUGUCCAUCUGUGGCUCUGGUUAGAAAAGCAUAGACAAACAGGCUCUCGGUCUGCCUUUUCAUUCAACUGUAUCUAAAGCUGUCGGGCCAGCCCACGUGUUGACGGCCUGUACGUAGAUCUCUGUGUGCUUUAAUCACCUCUAGACAAACCUUAAUCAAUUAAAGGCCAAUUAGUGGUCAGCUCAGCGGGACCCCUUGACAAAGUCUCGGGACUCUGACUGAGUUUGACUGGGAGGAGAUCACAUAAGUUGCACAUGACUUGUCUAAGCUGCUGAGGCAUUUAGGAAUGGUACUCCGACUCGCUUAGGGACAUUCCAACAGUAGGGAGAGCAUCCGUGUGUGAGCAGAAGGUGUAACAAAACAUGCAAACUGUGUGGAAGUUUCUUUGUGUGACCUUUCGACAAUAGGGUAUUGUAUGAAAAAAAGCCUGGUUUUAUUUGUUAAGUAUUUAUUCAUAUCAAGAUAUCUGUAUUGUGUGAUUCAAUAAUAAUUUAUAUGUCGUCCUAUGAAAUGAAUUAUUUUUAUUAAGAAAUCUGAA